UUUGGGUCCUCACCUCCACCUCCGCCCGCCACUCUUGACAGAGUUCAAGGGUUUUUUUUUUCCCCAAGCAGGUACCUGGAUGCCUAUCUCAACACUUUCCUAACAUCAGCAGAAAAGCAUUUUAUGAUUGGAUUACCGGUGACAUAUUACGUGUUUACAGAUUUACCAGAGAAGGUGCCGAAAUUUGAACUUGCUCCUCAGCGAGACCUGAAAGUUGUCAAGGUGCAAAAGAAUAGCAGAUGGCAGGACAUCUCCAUGAUGCGAAUGAAGACCAUAUCAGAAACGAUAGAAACGGAACUCGAAGGAAAGUUCAGUUAUCUCUUCUGCUUUGAUGUUGAUCAGGAGUUUAAGGGGAGAUUUGGUUCAGAAGCCCUCGGGGAGUCUGUGGCUUUGCUCCAUGCCCAUUUUUACAAACUUCCAAAGGAGAGGUUCACCUAUGACAAACAACCCAAAUCUAAAGCUUACAUGAAGGAGGGAGAUUACUACUACCAUGCUGCUAUCUUCGGAGGAUCGUUGGAAAAAGUGAAGGCUUUGGCAGACUUUUGUCAUGUGAGCUUCAUGGAGGAUAAAAUGAAUGAAGUGGAGGCUCUGUGGCAUGAUGAGAGUCAUCUAAACAAGUACUUCUGGCUUAAUAAACCAAGUCGCCUCCUCUCACCUGAGUACUGCUGGGACCCCAUUAUUGGUGACAAGAGUGAUAUUAUGGUCACUCGCCUAAUAUGGGAACCAAAACAAUGUAACGUGGUCCAUACUCGGUAGUGUGGCCAAAAUCAAAAAGACUUCAGAGACUGGGAUGAAUUUGUGUGGGAUGAAUUUUCUGGGAUGAAUUUGAACAAAAGUGUGAAUAUGUUUUACUGUCUUGACAGAAGGCCUAAACAAAAAAACUUUUUUGAGAAGUGAACUCAGGUACAAAGGUUUUUUUUUUCUAACAAAUAUUUCUUUAUGCAUCUAAGAAUAGCAUUAAAAGGAAAAAUCAGUCUUUCCGUUUAUAGCCGGACAGCUGUGAAGCCCAAUAAUGAAGCUGAACUGUCUGAGGAUCACUGGGAUGCCUGGUAAUUAAAAAAAAAGUAUACAUUUGCAAGUGAAGAUCAAGUCUGGAUUGAAAUCAGUUCAUCAUGUACAUGUAGCUUCACUGCUUUCUAUGACACUGUGAUUGAAUAGAAAUCUUUGUGCCCCCUCAAGAAUCACAGAUAAUUGUUUAUUACUUUCACCAAAUACCAAAUAAAAUUCUAAAAUUGAUCCCCACCAGCUCUUUAUUAAUGCUGCCAUGGUAACCGCCAGUAUGGUCACCUAAAACAGUUGGCCACUCAUACUUAAUGUGAACUAAUCCAUGCAAGAAUUUAUAGUAGAGCUGUAACUUAGGAGUGUGUUUGCUUAUGAAUUUGUGUUGAUAAGCAAUGCUGUUAACUUUUUUUUUUUACUCAUCUUGCUUUUAAUCAUUUUAAUGUAAUUUAAUAUUUUAUUGUGAUUA